AUGAAUAAUCAUCCAGUAAUUAACAUAUUUUUGAAUAAGUAUCAAGGGUUAUACAAAAACCUGCCGAAUAAAACACAUAUAAUAUUAUUACCCGAAUCUCAAACUUUAUUAAAUGUGAACAUCAAUUUAGAAUUUAUAAAAAGGCAUUUAUUUUAUAAAGGACCUUCAAAAGAUAUUUAUAUAAAUUUAUUAGACGAAUGUAUAGAAAUUGAUUCAAAAAAUAUUUAUACAAGUUAUGGAUUUGAAGAAAAUAAAAUAUGUGAAAUUAUAAAAAUUGAAACAAAUGCUAAUUAUAAAUUUUUCAAAGUCAUUUUUAUUAAUGUACCAUUAAAUGUACAAGAUAAUGAAGAAAAUAAUUUUUUUUCUUAUUAUGAUAUAGGAGAAAAUAAGGAAAGGGAUAAUCAUUUUUAUAAUGAUAGUAAUAAUUAUAAAAAUGAUUUAAAUAUAUUUUUUAAUACAAAUAUUAAAUGUAAAGAAUUUUUUUAUUCUCAACUUAAUGAAUUUAAACAUACAUAUAUUAUAGUAAAAGGAUAUGAAAAUUUUAUUGGGAAAAAAAUUCUAAACAUUGUAGAUGAUACAUUAACAUAUCAAAAUAAUACUAAUCAAAAACUAAAUGGUAAAGAUAUUAAAAUAUCUUUGAUUAAAUUUACCUAUUCUUCUCUUUAUAAACAUAUAUGGAAAAAUCUGCUUAAAAAUUAUGAAAAUAUUGAAUAUAAAAUACAACAUAAAAUGGCUUAUCUGAGAAAAGACAUAAGUGCUUUUUUAAAAAAGGUUCAGCUGGAAAAUAUUAGUUUCUUUCACAUAAAAGUAAUUUCUUUUCAUAUUAAACAGAUUGAAAAGUAUCAUGAUCCAAUUAAUAAAAUACACAUAUUAGAUAAUAUAAGUAAAAUAAUAUGUGAAGUUGUAUCAGCAGAAAAUAAUAAUUUAAAAGAACAAAACAUUGCCAUUUAUGAUAUUAAUAGUGAUACACUUAUUUCAAUCCUUGUGGCAGCCAUUUCUUUCGGUGAAAUUCAAAAUUUAAUUAGUCAUUCAUUACAUUUACAUAUGUAUAUAGACAAUUUAAGUACAUCAGAAAAAAUUGAUAAGCUUUCUUAUAUAUUUACAAUAUUCCAUUCAGCUAUUAUGUAUCUUUGUGAUGUCAAAAAUAUAUGA